AGUGCUGAUAUUUCACGCGACCAUGAAGGCGCAGUCACGGAAGUGGAUGAUAUUGGUGUCCACCAUAUGGAUUCAGGCAUUCACCGGCACAAACUUCGAUUUUUCAGCCUACUCUUCGGCAUUGAAAUCGGUUCUUGGCAUCUCUCAGGUGCAGCUAAAUUACUUGGCAGUGGCGUCGGAUCUCGGAAAGGCAUUCGGGUGGUCGUCUGGUCUGGCAUUGAAGUAUUUUCCGGCGUGGGUGGUGAUGUUCAUGGCUGCUUUCAUGGGCCUUGCUGGCUAUGGCAUUCAAUGGCUUGUGAUUACCAAUAUCAUCACCUUGCCUUACUUCCUGGUCUUUCUUCUGUGUUUGUUGGCUGGCUGUAGCAUUUGUUGGUUCAACACUGUAUGCUUUGUUCUUUGCAAUCAAAACUUUCCAUCCAAUCGACCCCUUGCAAUCUCACUCACAGUAAGCUUCAAUGGCGUAAGUGCAGCCUUCUACACUCUUGCUGCCACUGCAAUUGACCCAUCUUCUGAUUCUAUAUAUCUUCUUCUAAAUGCCAUCAUUCCCCUACUCACUUCUAUAGUAUCAUUGAUCCCAAUUCUUAGCCAACCUUCUCUAGACCCCCUUUCCCCAGAUGAAGUUCACCGUGACUCCCUUUUGUUCCUGUUUUUGAACUUAUUAGCUGUCAUCACCGGCAUUUAUGUUCUCUUUGGUCCUUCCAAUUCAGAUACAACAACAGCUCGUCUCCUUUUUAGUGGAGCCAUUGCCCUUCUACUGGUCCCUUUAUGCAUCCCUGGUGUUGUCUGUGCUAAAGAUUGGUUUCAUCGCUCCUUUCAUUCUUUCCGUCUUCAAGCUGGGUCUGGCUUCAUUCUUGUUGAUGCAGACGAUCUUGAGAUUCAUAAAGAGCUUCUUUCCCGUCAUGCUGGUAGUAUUGGUUCUGUUGGGCAAGGAUCAUUCCAUCUCUCAAGCGAAAAUGGAGCUGUGAAUGGGAUCAAUGACCAGAAAUUAGCUGAAGAGAUUGAAGGUUGUGGAUGUUGGCAGAGAACGAUAGCCAAGGAUCAGUUGGCAAUGCUCGGGGAAGAGCAUCCAGCACGAAUCGUUGUACGCAGGUUGGAUUUCUGGCUGUAUUAUCUUGCUUACUUCUGCGGAGGUACAAUAGGGCUGGUUUACAGUAACAAUCUAGGACAGAUAGCGCAGUCUCUGGGACAAGGUUCAGAGACUACGACGCUCCUUACACUCUAUUCCUCAUUUUCUUUCUUUGGCCGAUUGCUUUCAGCUGCACCAGACUACAUUCGUGCGAAGUUUUAUUUUGCGAGGACUGGAUGGCUGACAAUUGCACUUUUGCCAACCCCAAUUGCUUUCCUGUUGCUAGCAGCAUCAGGCAGCGGGCUGGCACUGCAUGUAGGCACAUCACUAGUUGCCUUGAGCUCCGGGUUCAUCUUUGCUGCAGCCGUAUCAAUUACAUCGGAGCUGUUUGGACCAAAUAAUGUGGGUGUGAAUCACAACAUUCUCAUCACCAAUAUCCCAAUUGGGUCACUUGUUUAUGGCUGUGUUGCUGCAGUUGUUUAUGAUGCCAACACAAGCUCUGAAUCAGCAGUAUGCAUGGGGAGGCAGUGCUAUUUCUUAACGUUUGUGUGGUGGGGAUGCAUGUCGGUUCUGGGGCUAGCUUGUAGUGUGCUGUUGUUCUUGAGAACCAGAGAUGCUUAUAACCAUUUUGAACAGAACCGCAUGUCUACACAGCUCUAUUAAUAUAAAAAUUGCGUUGAAGUGACAGUACAAGAUCGUAGCUACCUGAUUCAUUAGGUUGAACUACAAAGGAAAAGGCACCAACUAAAAAGAUACAUGACACAUUGGGGCCACAACAGAAUUCCAGGGAAAGACGGCUAUUCCGCUCAUUGGGAUCCACAAUAGAGGCAAGUUUUGAGGAUUUCUCAUCUCAUCUCAUCUCAUCUACCAAACGUACUAGUCUUACAGCCACCAACAUCUUCGCCACCAACGGCAUUUGCAUCUAGCAAGUGUUUGCUAAAUUGUAUUUUCUCACUACUGCACUUAUAAACAGCAUAGUCUUUCGCUUAGCUUUUCUCACUAAAACCAGCUUUAAUUAUGGGGGAAGCUUACAAAUUAUCAACACUAAUGCAAGACCUGGAAAGCAAG